UAGUUACAGGCAGCUCAUUUUCUCAUGUCGGGUCACUCCACUGUGUCGACUGUCUGAAGCCGUUGCUGGUUCUUACCGCCUGGCUUUAGUUUAAAUAUUAUUACAUAUCCAUAGUUAAUACAUGUGCGCAAACGAACCGCCUUGCAAUCGAUUAAAGAGAUAACAUGGUCUGACUUGAACACAAGAGCUGUGGAAGAUAUCGUCAAGUAGGGGCUGAGAGUUCUUGCUGAGGUCAACGCAGCUAUGAUGCGCAUCUGAAGACAUCUUGAUCACAUGGGCUCCUAUCCUGUGCUGACCCAAUGGUUUAAUCACCAGGACUAAAAAUGAGCAUAAGCAGUGAUGAAGUCAAUUUCCUGGUUUACAGAUACUUGCAAGAGUCAGGCUUUUCCCACUCAGCAUUCACCUUUGGCAUAGAGAGCCACAUCAGCCAGUCCAACAUCAAUGGAGCCCUGGUGCCCCCUGCUGCCCUCAUCUCCAUCAUCCAGAAGGGCCUGCAGUACGUGGAGGCUGAAGUCAGCAUCAAUGAGGAUGGGACCCUAUUUGACGGGCGGCCCAUUGAGUCUCUGUCUCUAAUCGAUGCCGUGAUGCCAGAUGUAGUCCAAACCAGGCAACAGGCCUACAGGGACAAGCUGGCCCAGCAGCAGCAGCAGGCGGCAGGCAGUGGCAGCAGCACAGGGACCCAAGGAAGCACCAAGAAUGGAGAGGGCGCUGCCAACGGGGAGGAAAACGGAUCCCACGCAUUAGCAAAUCACCACCCAGAGAUGAUGGAGGUGGACAGGGACGUGGAGAUCCCCCAGAGUAAAGCCAUGGUCCUGAGGGGCCACGAAUCUGAAGUUUUUAUCUGUGCCUGGAACCCAGUGAACGACCUCCUCGCCUCCGGGUCCGGGGACUCAACAGCUCGGAUCUGGAACCUCAGUGAGAACAGCACAGGCGGGUCCACCCAGCUGGUUCUGAGGCACUGCAUACGGGAAGGGGGCCAGGACGUACCCAGCAACAAAGACGUCACCUCACUAGACUGGAAUAGCGAGGGAACGUUGCUAGCGACAGGCUCAUACGAUGGCUUUGCUAGAAUAUGGACAAAAGACGGUAACUUGGCGAGUACUUUGGGUCAGCAUAAAGGUCCUAUAUUUGCACUCAAGUGGAAUAAGAAAGGCAACUUUAUCCUCAGUGCUGGUGUAGACAAGACCACAAUUAUAUGGGACGCCCAUACGGGAGAGGCGAAACAACAAUUUCCGUUCCACUCGGCACCUGCUCUGGACGUCGACUGGCAGAGCAACAACACGUUUGCCUCCUGCAGCACAGACAUGUGCAUCCAUGUGUGUAAGCUAGGUCAGGACAGACCUGUCAAGACCUUCCAGGGACACACGAAUGAGGUGAAUGCCAUCAAGUGGGAUCCCACUGGCAGCUUGCUGGCCUCCUGCUCCGAUGACAUGACACUGAAGAUAUGGAGUAUGAAACAGGACUCAUGUGUCCAUGACCUCCAGGCCCACAGUAAAGAAAUCUACACCAUCAAGUGGAGCCCCACAGGCCCCGGGACCAACAACCCCAGCGCCAACCUCAUGCUGGCCAGCGCAUCAUUUGACUCCACGGUGCGUCUGUGGGACGUGGAGCGCGGGGUGUGUAUCCACACACUGACCCGCCACCAGGAGCCCGUGUACAGCGUGGCCUUCAGCCCCGACGGCAGGCAUCUCGCCAGCGGCUCCUUCGACAAGUGUGUCCACAUCUGGAACACACAGACUGGUGCUUUAGUCCACAGCUACCGGGGGACAGGAGGGAUCUUCGAGGUGUGCUGGAACGCCACAGGGGACAAAGUGGGAGCCAGCGCGUCAGAUGGAUCAGUUUGCGUAUUAGACCUGAGGAAAUGACACUCGUUUGGGGGAGCCAUGGACCGACUACGAAUGUGUACAUAGCCAAAAUGACUGACUGUCCCUGCCUGUCCGCCACACUGCUGUAGUCCCAUCAGAUGCCAUGGCCCGCCAUCACAGCCAAACGGAGCGCUCCCCCCUCCCCCCCUCUGUCAUAUGUACACACAUGGACCACACCUUCACCACACACAGUUGUUAUGCACAUGCGUCAGACAUACACCAGGUCUGUAUGGACACCUGUGCCGCUCUCACGGACCUGCAGAAAGAACCAUUUCUCUGUCGUCACACAGUACAAACUCGUCGGACCCGUCACAAACCAAAACACCAGGAUUCCUCUCGCUUUCCUCUUUUUAUCCUUUGUACCAGAAUUCUAAAGAUUUUUUUUUUUUGGUUCUCUGUUGGUGUGUGCAUAUUGCAUAUGUCAGCAUUUGGUGUCCUGUGGACAUUGUUGUUCUGAAUUUGGAUUUUACUGAUAUCUGCGGGUUUUAUAUUACAUGUGGGGUGGGAGAGAAGAGGGGGGGAGGGGUUGAGAGUCAUUUGUCUUUUAGAUAACACUCUCUAUGAAGCCCAUGUCUAUAAUGCAUUAUAUACAUACUCAUAAUGCACUAUAGUCUGAAGUAUUAUGAUACUUGACCUUAUUAGUCAUUAUGAAAUGCUCUAUAAUGUGUUUUUGAUUAUUGUUAUAAAGCAUUAUGAAUAUUUCUAAGUGCGUAUAACUAUAAUUAUACAGUCCUAGAAGCAGAUCUUGAUGCAUUAUAAGUAUGUUUAUAAUACAUUAUAGAAACAGGCUUUCUCAAGUGUCAGUUUUCUACGAUGGGUGUUCAAAGCUGUUCAUUGAAGAUCCAUUCAUCAAUUUCUCUGCAGUCUUUAUUAAGGUUCAAAAAUGCAGAAGUAUAGCUUAGAAUAUGAAAAUGGUUUCUAACUUUUGUCGAAUCUAUUUUUAUCCAAUAGGUUCGUUCCAUUUUUUUUUUUUUUAAGUAUAAAGCAGUUAAUCAAAGGCCGAACUGUCCUUUGUGUUUGCAACUUUUAUCCUCAGAAAUGGUUUUUCAGGUGUUUCACAAUUCAUCAGGUUAAAAUAGAGCUCUAAAGAAUUCAAAACCUCUAGGGUGAAAGAAAGUCUUUGUCGAUCUCAUGUUCUAACAGUGUGCUGGGCAGAAAAGACAUCGCUGUGCAGCCAGCUUCAGGUUUCUGUCACCGAACUCGUCCCAGAUCUGUUUCUCAAGCUUACAAACAGAGGGCGGCUGUGCUUUUGUGUCAGUAGUGAGGUAACGUGGCACAGGAGUAGCCUGCUUUCUGUCGCUGGUGCAGCUUCUGGGAUCUGUAGAGAGAGAGAGAGAGAGAGAGAGAGACGGGAAAACAGGCCCAUAACCGCUCCCUCAAUUAAUGGCCGUAAUUGUGCUUGUUUCCUCAAAUAAUUGCUUGUUGCUGAACAAUGCUAAAUGAUAAUCAGACUAGGCCGCUCUAAUUGUGUCCUGUUUCCCCUGCUUAAUUAUUAUUAUUAAACAUAAGGGCAUCAUCAUCUGGAGUAUCACUUCCCGGCUGGAGUUCAUAUCACUGUUUGUUAUGUUGAGCAGUCGGUUUAAAAAACGUCCCUAAAUUUCACUCUGUGCAGCAGCGAGUACACACACUACAGUCCCUGCUUUGGUUAAUUGUCGCCCAGCAUUCACACACACACAUACACACACAUACGCACACUCUCUGGAGACAGGCUAUGUUCAGGCCUAUGCACGGAUAGACAGCGCUUUUGUUUGUAGUGUUCAGAGUCGGCGUUUUUGAAGCAAGUCUGUGCUAGUUGUUAAAAAGCAGACUCGCAGCAUAUGACUUGAUGUAACAUGGUAUCUGCAUAUAAUAUAUAUAUAAAAUAUAUAUCUGUGCUAUCACAGGGGACUCUUUUCUAUGCCACUCUUACGCUAAGGGUGGAUUUAAAAGUUACUUUUUGAAGACGCUUGAAAUACAGUAAGGAGAUGUUUGCAUCGCCAGGGGUCGUGACCAUGAGGAAUGGGUUUUUUUGUUUUGUUUUGUUUUGUUUUAUAAAAUACCAUUAAACAGUCAUAGAGAAAUAAUAAAAAGAGCAGCCCUUUGAUGGGUGUUUUUCCUGCACUUUAGACUAAAAAUGGAGAAACAGGGAGGUGUGUUUAUUGAAGCCAUUCUAGACACAUCUGAUUAAAAAUGCUCUUAAAAAAAGAAUCUGAAUCGGUGCAGGAAGUGUGCAGUUGGUAAAUAAGAGUAAAUAGUGUCCUGUGUGACUCCUCGGGGUACAACAAAGUCAAACCAAGCCAACUUCAUGGCAUUACAGGUCUCAUCUCGCAGCCAUAACUAACAGGCAACAGCUUCACACACACACACACACACACGUAUACACACAUUGUCGGACAUUUCAGAGGUUUUGCUCCGAAUGUUAUUUGUUUUAAAAGGUUUUGUACUAAAGCUAAAGACUAUUUUGAAGUUUGCUUUAAUACAGUCGAAGUGAUUGGACUGUACCACAAAGACACUAUUUCAAAUGAUGUCUAUGACAGUGGAAUGGUAUUUUAUAAUGUUUUGUUUUUAGACGAUAAGCUUUUUACACUGCAUUCAAGUGUGUUUGCUAUCUUUUGUUCCUACCGAAAGUACUAACGUUAAUUCUAUCUUUGCUAUGUUGGAGAGCCCUUGAAGGUUUUGUACUUCUCAAAACUUUUGUAAUUCUGAAUUAUUUGUAGCUAAGUACACGAAAUGAACAAAAAAAAUUAUAAAUCUGGAUUUAAUUAUCGAUGUAUUAUAACACAGAACAUGUAAAUACCAAUUUGCAGAUUUCUUUUUGUUGUGUUGUCUUUGCCCUCACCUAUGUUGUACUCUCUUUCUCUCUCACUCACACGGCUGCAGUCUGCAGCCUCCUGAUCUGACUGUUGUAAUAUCACUCAGAUUUCAAGGUCUAGAAUAAAAUCUAUUUUGAUAAUA